AAUAUUCAAAACAAGAAACAGUGAGCAGCUUUGAAAGUGUUUUAAUUGCUAGUUAGUUGUACGGCAUGGCCCACCUUAUUAUUGGUCGAGGCAACACAAUAACAAGCAUGGCGACCCCUUCAUAUGUUGCCUUAAUAAAUAGUCGACCAUUAUCAACCUCUGCUGCCGCAUUAGGUAAAAGAAACUUCAGAAAAUUCCUCACGUAUGGGAAAAGAGGGACCAGAUAUCUCAAAAAGGAUAUGCGAACUAAUCCAGACCCAGAACUAGAGAAGGUGUUUGACCGAGGCGUGAGACCAGUCGGUGUUGUGACUGAAAAAAAAUUUAAGAGCAUCCCUGAAAUGAUUCCUGAAAUCAUUGUUCCAGACCUAAAUGGUUUUAAGAAGCCAUAUGUGUCAUAUAAGGUACCAGAUGUAAUACAAGGUAGCUUUGGACCACAAGAUUUAUUUUAUGCAGUGUAUAGUGACAAAAUAGCAGAAGAUGUCAAGAAUAACAAAUUGAAUGAAGAUGGCAGCCCAGCUGAGCCAUCUGAAGAAGAAUUAUUAACAGCUGAUGAAGCUAAGAAAAAAGCCCUCUCAAUUGGCUCAGACAUGUAUUAGGUACAGUACAAUUUUAGAUGGUGUUAGAGCUACCCUUGUAUGUUUUCAAGUUUCUGAAUAAUGUAGGUUUCUUUCUCUUCCUUUCUAGCAUUUUUCACUCUCUCAAUGCAAUAUGUACUUUAACUCCCCUUUGCCACCUUCAUAGUUGUAAUAUAAGCAGAAAGGUUUAGUAAAAUUGUGUUAGUUGUUACUGUAUUAAUGAUGUAUGAAAUGUGUGUACAGUAUUGAAAUAAAUGGAUUAAUUUUA